UUUUGAAAAGUCUCCCGGAUGUUUAUGUGUCCAGUCUCCGUCUGACGCGCAGCGCUCAGCUGUUAGUUUAGUUUAGUUUAGUUGUCAACAUGUCUCAGUAAACCGGUACUUUACCGGUAGUUUACCGGGUUAACGGACAGUGUGUCGCCAUGGAGACGUUCAGUAAGCUGAGCAGCAUGCUGCUGCACGCGCUGGAGACGAGGAGCCGACAGUCGACCUGUUGGAGUCUUUCGUCGAUCAUUGGAAAGCAGUAACCGGUUAUUACAUCCAGACCACAGAUGACAGUCGUCCUGUCAGACAGACAGAGAUCCCGUGGCGUCUCAGACAGAUGUUGGACAUCCUGGUGUACGAGGAGAAGCAGCAGCCAGCGGUGGAGGAGACCGGAGCGUGUCUGGAGUAUCUGCUGCAACACAAACUGCUGGAGACGCUUUGCACUCUGGGAAAAGCUCAGUACCCCCCAGGAAUGGUGCAGCAGGUGCUUCUCUUCUUCUCUAAGUUCCUGUCUCAGAUGCAGAAGCCUCUGCUGCAGCUCGUCAGCGUCUACAAACCUGUUCAGAAGCUGAUUCGUCUCUGUGCACUUCCUGGUUCCCUCACAGAGAAGGAAGAAGCUCAAUUCUUAUUGGCCGUCUGCUCCAGAGUGAAACAGGAUCCACACGUGCUCAGAUACGUCUUAGAGUUUGUGGACCAACCAGCAGCCAGGACACCAGCCUCUGACCAAUCACAGCCCUGCACACAGGCCUCCAAUCACAGCACAGAGUCACAGGAUUCAUCUCCCUGCAGCCCAGUCCAAUCAGAGAGGGGCCUGCUAUCGGUUCUGAUGCAGCUCACCAACAGUCAGAGGCGAGCGGUGUGUCUGACGGCCCACGAGUGUCUCCUGCUGCUGGCUUCUCUUCAGUCAGACUCUUCAGGGGAGUUUCUGUCUCAUCACACCCAGCUAGGAGAGCUGCUGGCUGGGAGGCUGCUGCAGCUUUACUCCCUGCUGCCUCUGGAGGGGCUCGAUCCUGCAGAGCUGCAGAACUGGACACGCACACCCUGGAGCGCUGAUCUGCAGUCAAAGGCGCCAGCUUCUGAUCACAUGACCAGCUUCUUCUCCUGGUUGGACUUCCUGGAUCAGCUCAUGAGAGAAGCCCCUCAGCAGGUGUUAGCAGUGAAGCUAGCUCAGUGUGUUCAUCAGCUCUGGUUGUUGGACGUUCUUCAGCCUCAACUGCUGCACACGUGUGAGCAGCAGGUGCUGGUCUCCACCUCGGUCCUGUGUGCGACUGUCAGACUGGUCACUUCCUGUUCUCUGCUGGAUCAGCUGGUUGACUUCCUGCUGAGGACACCGUCGCUGACGGAGCUGCUGCUGCAGCGCUGCGACCACAUCUCAGACCAGAUCAGCAUGGCGUCUCUGUCUCUGGUGGAGGAGUUGCUACAGAAGCCUCACAGGGACAUUUUGGACGUGCUGGUGUUGAGUUUCCUGCUGAGUCGGAGCUACCUGUCUCCAGCUGCUGCAGGACAGGAGGACAGACAGGAGGACAGACAGGAGGACAGACAGGAGGACAGACAGGAGGACGCCAACCAGGACUCGGAGGACAGCGAUGGUCUGGAGGAGGACCCGUUCUUCUCUGACAGCUUGUCGUUGUCAGACAGUCAGCUGCUUCCUCCUCCCUCUGGUCUGGGAUCAGCUGCUGACGUCGUCAACAGCUUCCUGUGUUUAGUUCCUGUUCAGGUUCGAUCAGCUCAGCUGCUGCAGGAGGGAGGCUACGAAUCGUACGUCCACGAUGCUCACACACUGGUGACAGAGUGUCAGUCUCUCUCUCUGUCCUGGGAUUGGCCGAUUGCUCCCCCCCCUCCCUCCCCAGGUGUGGGGGGGGAGUUCUUCGAGGGUCACCUGCUCAAAGUUCUGUUUGACCGGCUGGGACGCGUCCUGGAGCAGCCCUAUGAGGUCAACCUGAAGCUGACUGCUGUUCUGUCCCGACUGUCGGCCUUCAGCCACCCGCUGCUGCAGGAAUACCUGCUGGACCCCUACAUCAGCCUGUCUCCCUGCUCCAGGUCGCUCUUCUCUGUCCUCAUCAGGUUAAUAGGAGAGUUGAUGCAGAGGAUCCAGCAGGUUUCCAACCUGUCAGACAGACUGCUGAAUGCCAGGAGACAUCUGCUGGGACUAAACCACAACACUGGACUGGAUCACCUGACUCUGCUGAGAGGACUCAUCGUGCUCGAGGAGUUUUGUAAGGAGCUCGCUGCCAUCGCCUUCGUCAAACUGCCGCUGGACGCCUGACCCCCCCAACACACACCUGACACACACCUGAUCCCCCUGACACACACCUGACCCCCCCAACACACACCUGAC